AUGCUUCAAAAGAUCACCGCCAGAGCCGCUGACAAACCAAUUCAAUCACAUGCGGAAAUUCCUCCAUUUCGGCUCAUUUUCAUUUACACUAUAGAAUUUACUUUCUUGUUAAUUUUUUAUAUAUAUCAUAUUCACGUCGAUUCUCUGUGCAAUAAUUUUGAUCGUUGAAUAAAUUUCUGGAAUGCCUGUGGCAGAAGUAAAAUCUAGUUGGGCUGAUGAGGUUGAAGAAGAAGGAGGAGCAUUACCUCCACCUUCAGAAUCUUAUGAAAAUGGCUUUAAAAUUCUUACUGAAUAUAAAUAUAAUCAAGACAACAAAAAAGUCAAAGUUGUUCGUACAUACAAAAUAGAAAGACGUGUAGUUUCAAAAACUAUAGCUGCUCGUAAAAAUUGGGCCAAAUUUGGAGAUUCUGCGGAUGACAGACCUGGACCUAAUCCUGCUACUACAGUUGGCGGUGAAGAUGUCUUCAUGCAAUUUAUUUCCAGUAAAGAAGAAGAAAAUAAGGUUGAAGAAGAUACUCUUGAAAAGUUAAAGAAUAUGGGAGAUAAAGGUGUAGUUAAAUGUCGUAAUUGCAAUGGAGAUCAUUGGACAUCCAAAUGUCCUUAUAAAGAUACUGUUCUUGCUGGAGGUAAAGUACCAGAUGAUAAGAAACCUCUUGUUAAUACUGGUGCUCCUGGAACAAUGACAGAAUUGAAACCUCAAGGUAGUAAAUACAUACCACCUGGUAUGCGUGAUGGAGGAAGCAAACGUGGAGAUUCUAUGCAAAUGCAAAGACGUGACGAUACUACCGCUAUUCGUAUUUCUAAUUUGUCGGAAAGCACUACUGAUGCAGAUUUGGAUGAAUUGGUUAAGCCAUUUGGAUCUGUACUGAAGUUUUAUCUUGCUAAAGACAAACAAACUAAUCUUUGCAAAGGAUUUGCAUAUGUACAUUUCAAAUAUAGGAUGGAAGCUGCAAAAGCUAUUGCUACACUCAAUGGUUAUGGUUAUGAUCAUCUUAUUUUGAAUGUAGAUUGGUCAAAACCACAGCAGCAAAACAAUUAAAAUAUUCAAUUCAAUAAUUUUUGUUAUCUGGAUUUCAUCUGUAAAAAUAUAGAAAAUACGCAAUUAUUUAAUCUCUACAUCAGGAACAGUAUAUUAUAGCGUACAUUAUUUCAAUUUUUGGUGUAUUAUGUAUCAAGAAUGAGUACAGUAAACAUAUUCAUAAGAAUUUCCAUUGAUAGUA